GGAGAAUGUUCUCGCUCCUCCACAUUCCUCUCGCAGACAGGAACAGCCGCUCCAGCUCAGGACGCCGACGCAGACGGCCGCUCUCGUCCUCUGGAGAGGGUGACCCUGCUGUGGGGCAGUCCUGGGGUAGGAUCAACUGCUGUGAUCUACUCCUGGAGAAGAAGUGAUCACUGAGGACGAACCCUGACCUUCCAUCAGCCUGCUGUUUAACAGCCCUGCUGUGGAAUAGACCCUCAACGCCUGUGGACUCAUCCUGACCCGCUGGGAGUUAACACACAGUCCCUGAGGCCGAAGGGAACCGGUGUGCAGCAGAAACACACAGUGGACAACCUGCGGCUGGGCUGAGCAUCUGGAGGAGCCGGCGACACAUCUGGAUCGGUACCCCCAGCUGCCCGGGGUUCUGCGGGGGUUCGUGACUGAGUCCCUGGAGGUCUGGUGCCCAGAGAGAGGAGGGAGACCCCCGAGGCUGAGGGGGACAGAGACGGGAAGAGAGUCUCGCUCUCCAGGGGGGAGAGAGGAGGGACAGGAGACAGAGAGAGAGAGAGAGAUGGCCACAGCUGGGGGGGAGGGCGUCCCAGCUACAGGAACACAGGAGGGACAGGCCGAUUCCCAUGAGGCACCACAGCAUCUCUCAGAGAUCAGGAUCAUCCUGCUGGGAGGAAGGCAGGUCGGGAAAUGCUCAUCGGGAAACACCAUCCUGGGCAGAGAGGAGUUCAAGACGGGCAGGAAAACAUACUGCGUGAGGAGGCAGGGGGAGGUGGCCGGGAGGCAGGUGACAGUGGUCUACACCCCGGGCUGGAGGUGGAAGUGGUGGGCUCCCGCGCAGGCCACCCCAGAGCACCUUAAACAGGACAUACGCUGCAGCGUGUCCCUGUGUCCCCCCGGCCCCCACGCCUUCCUCCUGGUGAUCCCUGUAGACUCGCCGUUCACGGAGAACCACAGGAGAUCCGUGGAAGAGCACCUGGAGCUCCUCAGUGAGAGGGUCUGGAGACACACGAUGGUGCUCUUCACCCAGGCGCACGCUCUGAGAGACACGACCAUCGAGCAGCACAUCGAGGGAGCAGGAGAGGAGCUUCAGCGUCUGGUGGAGAAGUGUGGGAACAGGUAUCAUGUUCUCAACAACAGGUACAGGGGCGACCGCACUCAGGUCACAGAGCUGCUGGAGAAGAUCGAGGACAUGGUGGCGGUGACGAGCGCCUGUUAUUUCUCGGAUGAGAUGGAGAGACACGGCUGGAGGGACGAGGAGCCCAAGGGCAGCAGGAGGAAAGAGCCGACGGCCGAAACGGCGAAGCGGCAGUUUGUCAAGAGCAACAUGAGAAACAGCCUGGUCCACCCUCCCAACAGUGAGUCUGAUCGACACGGCAGCACGCGGUCUCGUAGAGGGGGAGAGAGAGCGAGCGAGAGAGAGAGAGAGAGAGAGACGGAGGACCUGAGAGAGACAGUAGAGAGAUGCCGGGGGGAGAUCGAGGAGCUGAGGGAGACAGUGAGGGAGACAGUGGCGAGACACAGAGAGACUGAGGAGCUGAGGGAGACAGUAGAGAGACACACAGAGACGGAGGACCUGAGAGAGACAGUAGAGAGAUGCCGGGGGGAGAUCGAAGAGCUGAGGGAGACAGUGAGGGAGACAGUGGAGAGGUACCGGAGGGAGACUGUGACGCUCGGACAGGGGUGUGAGACACAGGCGAGGCAGCAGGCAGAGGGCAGUGAGGCACAGCCCAGUGUAGUCAAAGCCCUCCUGUAA